AUGUCGGCGAUGCCAUUACAAAUGCCCUGGCUGAUAUACUCUGUACCAGGCGACGGACGGCUUCCUCGCUGUGGCCGAUGUGUCCGAGCCGGGCGUGACUGCGUGCGCGAGCCGCCCCGCCAGUUCUACAAGGUUUCUCGCCAUGGGGAAGAGCGCUCAUUCUCGUCCAGCCAGACAUGGCUGCCUCUGCCUGCAAAGGGAGUGGUUAAUUUCGUCAACGUCGCAGAGCCAUUUGGUGCCGAGUCCAGUCCCGAUUCCGCCAGUACUGGCCAAGGAGAAAAGGAUGGGCAUAUGAACACGACUGCAACCCCAACAUUCCCAGCACAUGAAGCCGCCUGGUCGACUCCAGCUGGGGAGAACCUGGCCUCUUCUUCCCCGUCUUCCCUUUCUGCCUCGCCAUCCUCGAUCCUAGUAUCUACAUCCCGAGCUCAGACCAAACCUGCUUCGUGGGACCCACCUGUCUACCCGUCUGGAGGAAAUGUGCAAUCUGGCUUUCAGGCAGCUCAGUCUAUCCGGGAAGAUGUAACCAUCGUAGACGCCGGUACCCAUCUGCCAACGCCCGUGAGACGCAUUUACCUAGACCCGCCAACCUGGCCAUUGCAAGACCCCGAAGAGGCGACUCUUCUACAGCACUUCAUCAACCAGGUAUCAUUAUUUUUUGACUUCUGUGACAAGGAGCGCCACUUCGCAACCGUCGUGCCCCAGCGCGUCCGCACAUGCAGCACUCUCCUGAGCGCUGUCUUCGCCCUGUCCGCUCGCCAUCUCAGCCGCAUCAGCAACUUCGAUCCCACAGUCGCGGACCGGCACUAUGAUGACUGCCUGCGGACUCUGAUACCCGCACUCAACGACGGCCCGUCUGUUUUUGACGAAACGCUGCUCAUUAUCGUAGUCAUUCUACGGCUCCUGGAAGAGAUAGACGUGCCUAUCAUGGGGGCAGACCCACAGGGCCAUCUUCUCGGCGCCCAGUCACUAGCCCGCGCGCAGGAGCGCCUUGGCAUGGACUCGGGGUUGCGCCAGGCAGCGUACUGGGCCUGUCUUCGACAAGAGAUUUACAUGUCACUGAGAGACCGCCGACCCAUCCGUCUGGACCUGCAACUCUUUCGCAAAAUGCAGGCUGUCCAGCCCGGCGACAAAUAUUCCCUGGCCUGUUCAGCGACCCUCCACUGCGCAGAGGCAAUUCUGUUCGCAUACGGAGACGGCCCUCGAUCACUGCAUCAUGAUCUUCUCGAGUCUAUCCGUCGAGCUUCCGACAGCGUCCCGCAGCCAUUCUUCUACAGAGACGGAGGCAGCGAUUUCCCGGACAUUCGCUACGCCACUGAAGACCAAAUCAUAGCGGCGCAGUUCUUCUCUCUCGCCCGGAUCGUGCUCGAUAGGAACGACCCUGCGCAUCGCAUUGCGAUGCAGACCGUAAGGGAGAUGGCACGGCAGCGCGUCAGGGUCAUGUGUGGUGUGGGCUUGUCCAACCCAUCGAGCCCUGCGGCCAUCUUGAUUGCCUGCAUGGCGAUUGCUCUGUGUGGUGACUGUUUUGAUGACCACAGGGAUCGGGAGCGGCUGUGCUUUUUGCUGGAGUUCACAGAAGAUAAGCGAGGGUGGCCUACGGCUUCUAUUGCGAGAACACUGACGCAGGUUUGGAACGAUGCUGGUUGA